UUCAAGGAGCCACCGGGGCUGCCCGAGGUGCACUCGAACGCCGGUGAGUUCGAAGGCACAGCACAGUUGAUCAGCUGACUGCCAGAGCACGCAAGGGAGGCGAUGGCAGCUAGCUUCGUCGACGAUCUCAUCUCGGUUCGCAGCCACCGAAAGCUAAAUUUGUCUGAACUGCUCGAAAACUUGCCCAAGCAACUGACCAAGGAAGUUUUGCAGCAGCUACGCGCCGCCGUGCUAGAAUGCGACCCGGAGUUGAUCCCCCAGCAGGAGACAGCUGUCAGCAGCCUUCUGGUGGUUGUGCUGGACGAGAGUUCUCCACCAGCGCGGCGCCACCUGGCCUUGUCUGUUCUAGAGUCUCUGUGUCCACAGUAUGGCCUUGAGGAGAUGCUGCUCCCUCUGCCACCACAACAACUUACGUUGUUUCUCCAGGCAUUACUUGCUCAGGGUACAGACAGCCCCCACUACAGGGCUCUUCUUGACAAGCUAUUAAGUGCUUUGGAGGAUGCUGCCGUGAGUGCAACAGUCAAGCGUGAGGUCCUACUUUACGUCACACGAGUGGCUGAGGCACGAGAAGACCUACUCUCUCGGGAGGACGUGGAGCGAGUCUUCAAGCAGCUUCCCGGCUGGCUGUUGGACUGCUCGCUCUUCUCGUCUCCGCGUCUGCUCGGCGUGUCUUCGGUCACUGGACCGUCCCCGUCAGCUACAGCCGUCACUGGCUCCUCACGGUUCCGCCGUUCCGACUCUGCCCAGGCCGUCUCCGAACUGGAUGGGGUCGUGUCGCAGGAGACCUUCACUGUUCUCACCUCCGCCAAGUUCUACACGGGCGACCAGUGGCUGAAUGGUGCGGUCUUCUCAGUGCUGGGGGUGUGGCUGAGACGAGCAGUGGCCCUGCACUACACCGACGAAACCCUGGUCUCGGCAAGCAAGAAGUACUGCCUCUAUUUGGUUGACCAGACUCACCGAAAGCCCGUACACCCUGAGGACUUCGUGCUUCAACAACUUUGCCUGGUAGAAGUGGUGCGCACCCUUGACCUGGUGUGCCAGCUGGACAGUAGUCAGGUGCCCGAGGUGAUCCUGGUCAUACAGCGACUCGCCAACAGUCACCUGCUCAGCCGCGUUACUCUGGGGACUGCCCUGCUUGAGUUCUUCUUGCACCAUGGAAAAGCUGUGUUGCACAAGACCGACGACUCCCUGAGUCAGUUCUUUCUGGGUCCUGGUUCUCGUGCCUGGCUGAAUCCGUCCAAUGCCCUGCAUGUGGUUCACUUCACCCUUCGCAACCUGGCUGCACUGUGUGACGUGGGCGCCACCGAAAAGUACUUCCCGGCAUUGCUCAAGAUCUUUGCUUGGAAUCCACAGCAGUUCAAGAGUCAAUUCCUGAGCAUUGUUCCUGCCUUCAUAUCAGCCAAGAGUGUAGUUGAGGUGUUCCACAGUCUGGUGGACCUGCCCGCACUAACUGCAGCCCUGCUUCACGAAAGAGAGAUGAUGGGAGUGCCACAAGGGGCUCGCGUAAAGCGCCAGUCCUCGCUUCACCUUGGCUCGGAGGUGCACAAGUCCAUGCUCAAGUUUGUGCUUCGCGAUGUCAGUGGCAUCGGGGACACGUUCGAAGGCGUCGCCAAGUUCCACACCCUGAUUGCUGACCAGGUCAAUCACCCGAAAGUUAUUCGCUGCUCAGAGCAUGCUCCGGACCUCCUUGGGUGCUACCUGAAGACCUUCGUGCAAUAUGGCGACUCUGAGCUGGCUUCGCGACUGCUGCCAGCCUUCAUGGAGCGACUGUCUGUGUGCUACGGGUCGCGGGGAUACUGCGAGCGGCUGCGCAAGGUGCUGGCUGACGUUCUUCCGCAGCUGUUUCGCAAGUUCCCUGACGUGACCUUUCUGCUGACCUCUGAGUUCGUGGAGUUCCUCAGCCACACUAGCUCGUAUGACGCGGGACCGGACUUCUUCGCAAACCUGGUGUGGGCCAUUGGAGAGUUUGCCUCUCCCAACGAGAGCUCUCUGUGCUCUCCCAAGGCUGUGGGCGACUUCUUUGAGGUGCUCGAGUUGCUGGCCUUCGAGCUGCUCAGUUCCCAGGGCUUGUUGAGUGAGCGCCGCACCAGGCUCCUGUGCAUCGUCAUCACCAGCCUCUCCAAGCUGGCCGUGCGGUCUCAAGACUUGGUGGCUCGGGCCUUGCUGUGCCUGUCUAAGACAGGUCAACUGUGCAACAGCUGCCAGGUGCAAGGAGCACCGUUGGCCGUCCUGGAACGGAGAGUGCUGGAGCUCACCGCCAUCAUCAAGCAUUCAGGAGCUGCCUCAGACAUACUGACACCUCCAAAGGAAGAGGAGCUGAAGAGGCGGCACGAGGAUUUGGCGCAGUUGCCUUCCCUGGUUCGUUUAGUCACUGCUGUCACGUCUACCCAGGAGUAAUCUUCGUGGUGGGCCUCUUGUUCGUACAGUACUGUUUCUUAUAUAUACAUGCUCAUUUUUUACUGACAUGGCGUUUCUUUUGCUUGCUUCGCGUGUCAAUAAGUCUUGUAACAAAGUAAAGUGCUCAUGGAUCUAAAUGCCACAUCAAAACUUUGUGUACUGACCGGAAUGCACAAUUGCUAAACAUAUCUCCGUGAAUCUGGCCGCUGAAGGUAAUAUUGGCUGUCAUGUGAGUGUCGAAGGUAAAGUUACGUUGAUAUUACGUGAUGUGAAUGAACUAAAGUACUUGCACUGUGUCGAGUUUGAAUCUGUGAACAGGUGUACGUACGACAUACAAUGAGAUGUACGCACUGUUUGCCUUUGUGAGACUGAGUUUUUUUUGUGUAGUAUUAGCUGGAUUAUCUACGAGCUUUUCUAUGGUCAUUGCACUUUUGUUUCAGUGGAUAAGUGUUGUUUACACGUCCUUCAAUAAGUUUGAACAAUGUGGUGUCUAUUCCACAAGUUUUU